AUGGCCUUCCUGCCAGCUGGUAAGCUAUGCGGUUCGCAUUGUGUGAUCUGGUGUGUUGAUUGGUCCCUGAUUUUGUGUGGUUGCUGCAGUUUAUUUGCUGCUGCUGUCGUUGGAUCUCCUCCUCCUGCCUUGCUUCUACACUGCGCCACAGCUAACCGGGUUGCAGCUAGACGUGUGGUUCAUUGGACAUCAUCGUUCCCUGGACUGGCUGCUGUCUCGGCUGUUUCGGCUGUCUCGGCUGUUUCGGCUGUCUUGGUUCUUUCGGUUCUUCUUUCUUUUCGCCGGCUCUUCGUUGCGGCUCUUGUUCUCGGUUUGGUGAGCCUCGGCGGCAGUUUAAUCCCUGGUGGUGGUUCACGGAUCCCUUUUUCGUUGGUGUGUUGUCACAGAGUUGUCGCUCUUGGAUCGGUUGGACCAGAUGACAGCUUGCACCUCGCUGGUCCCAUCCCUCAGCUCUUUGGCCCCAUCCCUCAGCUCUUUGGCCUCAACGGAGUCCAUGUCUUCGACAGCGUCCACGUCCUCGACGGACUCCACUUCCACGACAGCAUCCACGGCAUCCACGUCCUCGACAGACUCCACGUCCACGACGGCGUCCAUGGCCUUGACGGCGUCCACGACAGCGUCCAGGGCCUCGACGGACUCCACGGCCUCAAUGGCAUCCACCCAGUCCAUAUCCGGAAAAAGGAAGCGGGGGCCACACGCAAAUGUCCUGAAGUACUUGGAGCGGACUGAUAGGCAGUAUUUCCUACAGGCUGAAAGGGACAAUGCUGUAACAUAAGCAGUUCUAAAUAAUCAACAAGUGCUGAAAGACAUGAAGGGACUGCUGGAGAGGACGGUGUCCGCUAUGGAGCACAUAGCUCACAAAUAAGCACAAUGCCUUUGUUUUUGUAAAUACUUGUGAUUUUUAAGUGUGCAGUGUUUUUGAAAUUUUCUAUAUCUAAGUAUAUGUGUGUGAAUAAAGAAUUUAAGAGAUGCUUGUUUUGUCAUAUGUCAUGUGUUUUAUACUGUCACAACAAGCUAGUGAGAUGAACUGCACAACUGUAGCAGGGCUUCUGCAGGGCCUUAAAAAGCAUUCAUAGUUACUGAAUUGAUU